CGCCAGGCUGGCACAGGACAACAGUCAUUGACCACUAUCUCCCCCCUCCCCUCCCCUCUGGAACUGUAAAUGACUAUCGAUGGGAAAUAUAAUCAGGGGCGAAUGGCAUAUAUAUGGUCUGGGGCCCAGCGAGUGGGCUACCGCUGCUCCAGAGAUGAUGCAUCAGACGGGCCCGAACGUCUCGAGCAUCCAAUGGUGCCAUGGCUGCAAGGCUGGACAGAGUGGGGCAGACUCCAGUCUUACCCGAGACUCUUCUGAUCCUCUCCCUGCUGGUUCCUGUCUUCUGCAUCUUUUUUCUGCAGACAGUGGUUGCCCAAGGUCAAGGAUCUCGACUUCGCCAGGAGGACUCUCCUCCGCGGAUAGUGGAGCACCCCUCUGACCUGAUCGUGUCCAAGGGGGAGCCGGCCACCCUCAACUGCAAGGCGGAGGGCCGGCCCACCCCCACGGUCGAGUGGUACAAGGACGGCGAGCGCGUGGAGACCGACAAGGACGACCCGCGUUCCCACCGCAUGCUGCUGCCCAGCGGCUCGCUCUUCUUCCUGCGCAUCGUCCACGGCCGCCGCAGCAAGCCCGACGAGGGAGCGUACGUGUGCGUGGCCAGAAACUACCUGGGGGAGGCCGUCAGUCGCAACGCUUCGCUGGAAGUAGCCUGUAAUCUGAGAGAUGGCCUGAGGGCCACAAUGGCCAUGAAAUUGCUGUGA